CAAACCCUAGCUAGCAUAUUGUUUCCUCCCUUCAUCCUUCUUUUUCUUUCUCAGCGGCAGCUUUGCAUCUUCUCUCCGUCUUCUUUCUUCAUUAUUUUUCUCCUUUUCUCUCUCCCCAGCAGCCCCGUCUUCCUUCCACCGCCAAAUCUGAUCGAGAUAGAGACAAGUGGAAGUCAUUAAAGAGCAGUAUCUCCUCUCUCUACUAUUUUCGAUUUCAUUUUUGCAUCUGUUUGAGCUGCGUUUCAGAUCUUCGAGGGUUUGCUUUUGCAAAUCAAUGAUCAAAGAACUGGGGUCCUUAAUUUGCUUUGCUCUCACAUCUUCCAGCGAUCCAAAAGAAUAAUCAGGAGUUUCACCGGGGAAUCUGGGGAGAGACUUGUUUUCUUUAGACUGAAACGAUCAGGAGUUUCACUUCUUUACUUGAAAUCAAUGACUACCAGCAGAUCCACCAAUGCAACCGCCACCUCUUCGUCUCCCUCUCGGCGUUCAAACCGCUGGAAGUACGAGGUGUUCAAGAAUUCACCGCUACUUUUCUUUUUUCUUUGUUUUUCCCUUUUCUUGAAAUCAGUGAAUACCAGCAGCUCCGCCCAUGUAAACCGCUCGAAGUACGAGGUGUUCCUGAGCUUUAGAGGCGUCGACACACGCAAAACCUUCACAGACCACCUCUACUCUGCGUUAAGCAAGACCGACAUCUACACGUUUGUAGACUACCAGCUCAAAAGGGGGGAAAAUAUACAGAGCGAGCUGGACCGAGAAAUCGAAGGGUCGAGGAUCGCCGUCGUCAUCUUCUCGAAGAGGUACGCGGAGUCCCGAUGGUGCCUGAGGGAGCUGUCGAAGAUCAUGAGGUGCCGAGAAGAUCAAGAGGGGAAAGUAGUCUAUCCAAUAUUCUACGACGUUGACCCUUCUCAAGUGAGGAAACAGAGCGGUAGUUUUGGGGAAGCAUUUCGGAAGCAUGAAAGGGAUGAAGAUCCAAAUGAGGUGGAGCAGUGGAGAAAGGAUCUUAAGGCUUGUGCGGAUUUGGGUGGCCGGAAUUUUAACACCACUGCGGACGGGCGUGAAGCAUUGUUUAUCCAGAAUGUUGUUGGGGACAUCAGCGCACUAACAAAAACCACGGACUUGCAAACAAGUCAGUCAAAAACCAGAGACUUCCAAACAAGUCAGUCAAAAACUCGGUUGGAAUAUCUCGUCGCGUGGGCCAGAGUUCCCUACCACAUUUUUUUUUUUUAAUUUUUUUAUUUGAAACAGAGAGGUUGUCUUGACUCAUAAAGAUUCGGUCUCAUGUCUGACAAACCUCUUUUGUGCUUUUCUUUUGUAAUUGAAUGCUUUCCCAUAGUCUAGUCAGCACUUUUUCAUUCUUUUUCUCCUUUUUUUUUUGGUUCCUUUUUUCUCCUUUUGGUUAUAAAGAUUACUUCUCUCCUCCCUCGAUUCGCUCCCCCCUCUCUCUCUCUCACCUAUUACUUUUUUUCUUAUUUGAUUCACCCACUUUCUUCUCUCCCUCCCUCUUUCCUUUCUCUGCUUCUCUCGAACUAUAUUUGAUUCACCCACUUUCUUCUCUCCCUCCCUCUUUCCUUUCUCUGCUUCUCUCGAACUAUAUUUGACUACAAGCAUUUGAAGAAGAAGAAGAGGACCCAUAUGAUCCAGUUCUCAUAUUCUUCAAAGCCUCGCUCUUCAACUCAAGACCCUGGGCGCGAAGACAAGCUCUCUCCAGCCGAUGCCCACGAUUUUGAGUACGGCGUCUACUCCCCCGACUACGACAACCGCACUCCGCUCCACAUCGCCUUGCCCCAAGGCUGGAUCCACGUUUCCGGUCCUUCCUUUCAUGUUCUUUGGUUCUUCCUCCGUCAGCCCAAUUGAGGACGGCUCCGCCAAAUCCAACGCGAGCAUUCAUCCCUUUAACCCUGACGUGGGUUUUUGCCAUUUUUUGCAUAUUGUAAUAGGAAUUUCAAUAUAUAUUGUUUAUUUUAAUUUCGUUAAUUCCUACUAUUUGAGUUUUUGUUAUUUUUGUUCAUUGUAAUUGGAAUUGAUUUGGAGAAUAUAAGUAGAUGGUACAAUGUAAUUUGUGUUUGAUGUUAUGAAGAAUUUCUUGAAUUGGAGGAA